UGAGCUGAAACACACGCGCACAGCCUUCUUUCUCACUCUUUCUCUUGCCUUUGUCGCCGCCGUCGUUCAUCUCCGGCGCCGCCUUAGUCGCCGCCCUGCCUCCACCUUCCUCUCCCCUAAUAGGCCAGACGACCAUUAUAUCCUUGGUCAUACAGUUGGCUGUCUCAGUCGCCGAUCACUCUGGCUGAUUUGCUCAAUCUGCUUCUGCCCAUUACUCAGCCGCCAGCCGCCCCGUCUCAUUCGCCAAUCCGCCCGAUCGCAUCCGAAACUAGCAGGCUAAGGAGCUAACAACAAAAGGAAAGAAAAGGUUCAAGAGUAAAGGAGAUGUCAAGUUGAGUUGCUCUGAUGAAAAGUUUUUGUUCAAGUAGUGUAUAGGGGACAAUCGGCCUCAAAUGGGGAGGAGAAAUAGGGUUUGUGUGGUGGUGCUUGGUGACAUUGGUAGGAGCCCCCGGAUGCAAUACCAUGCCCUUUCCCUUGCUCGACAGGCUUUACUAGAUGUUGAUAUUGUCGCAUAUGGAGGUUCGGAACCCCACAUUUCGCUGCUAGAGAACCAAUCUAUCCACAUCCACAGAAUGCCACCAUGGCCAACAGUUCUUCAAAGGCUUCCGAGUAUUCUACGUCCUAUAUUUCUUAUUCUCAAGCCCAUAGUCCAAUUUCUUACGCUGCUUUGGUAUCUUUGUGUGAAGAUACCAGCUCCGGAUGCCUUCAUAGUGCAGAAUCCACCAUCAGUUCCUACUCUAGUGGUUGUGAAGUGGGCUAGCUGGUUGAGAAAAUCAGCAUUCAUUGUUGAUUGGCAUAAUUUUGGAUACACCCUGCUGGCUCUGUCACUUGGAAGGAGUAGUCUCUUUGUUACGAUAUAUCGUUGGAUUGAGAAACGUUAUGGCAUGAUGGCUCAUGGUUCCUUGUGUGUGACGAGGGCAAUGCAACACGAGUUGCUUCUGAACUGGGGGAUUAAAGCCACUGUUUUGUAUGAUCAGCCUCCUGAAUUUUUCCAGCCGGCAUCACUCGAGCAGAAGCAUAAUUUAUUUUGCAGGAUUAGCAAAAGUCUUCACAGUCCAUUUGGUCUUCAAGAUUGCAUAAGCAAUGGAUCAGCAGCGCCAGACAAUGAUCCUAAUGCAACUCCAUUUACAACUCGCGUUGGUUCUGAUGUAUUCUUAAAUCAAAACAGACCAGCACUGGUUGUCAGCAGUACAAGCUGGACUCCAGAUGAAGAUUUUGGUAUUUUACUGGAAGCAGCACUUAUGUAUGAUAGACGCGUGGCUGCUCUCUUAGGCGAGGAUGACUCUAUUGCAAAUGAAGUUGUCUGGGAUAGUAUUAAUGAAGGGAAACAAUUCUUGUAUCCAAGGUUGCUGUUUAUCAUUACUGGUAAAGGACCCGAGAAGGAAAAGUACGAGGAGAAGAUAAGAAAACUUAGCCUCAAACGUGUAGCAUUCCGUACAAUGUGGCUGUCGGCAGAGGAUUAUCCACUACUUCUUGGGUCAGCAGAUUUAGGUGUCUGUUUGCAUACAUCGUCAUCAGGGCUGGAUCUGCCCAUGAAGGUUGUGGAUAUGUUCGGCUGUGGACUGCCCGUCUGUGCUGUUUCUUAUUCUUGCAUAACGGAGCUGGUGGAUGUUAACAAGAAUGGCCUCCUUUUUUCGUCGUCUUCAGAACUGGCUGAUGAACUCAUGAUGCUGUUUGAGGGUUUUCCAGAGAGAUGUGAUGGGUUGAAGUCGAUGAGAUCAAGCUUGAUGGAAAGGGUAUCUUCCGUUAGGUGGGCAACGGAAUGGGAAGAGAAUGCCUUGCCUUUAAUAAACGAGGUUAUUUCCGAACGUGCUGGCUGAAAAGAAUCAAAGAACUACAUGAGGCCUUCCCAUCAAGUUUUCUUGUACACUCAAAGCAACAGAAAAGAAUUUCAUUUUUGUCGUCUUAAAGAAAAAGAAGAGGAAAAUCUCAUUUACUGUGUAUCGAUUAUAGCAACUCAAAACCUCUAACCUGACCUAAUAGUUGGAGAAGACGCACAUCUCACCAUUUUAAGAUUGUUAGUAAGCCAAUAUGGUUUUGGACAUGAUGAUCUUUGUGCCUAUGUUUUACCACUAAAUUCACAUCUUUUACUACAACAUCAUAUUAUCUUGUUUAUACUAUAUGUUAGGGUUGUUUGGUUGCCAUGGCUAA